AGGAGGAAAAAAAAAACACAGAAGAAAAAAAAGAGAGGAGAGAUUCGGGCUCAGUUGAAAGCCCUGCUGGGCCUUUCCAACGUCUCCCGCCUCUUGAUGUUCAUUGUCCGCUUCGGCUAACCCCCUUGGGACGCUGUCACUCUUCACUCCACUUGUGGACGCAGCUCUUCUCCAGAACCACUGGGACACUGGUUUGAUGUUCAUGUUAUUUAGGCAUGUUCUAUUCAUGCAGUAGGCUUGCUGGAAAUGGCACUGACAGUCUCAGUUGUGCAGUCAUGUGGCAUGUGCUUCUGUGGGAAACGAUUGAGAGGUGCAAUUGUUUUUGAAGCUGAGAGAGGAUAUCAGACUGCUUUGAGUAGAAAAAUGAGGUUUAAUAAAUCUCUCCUCUCUAAAGUAUCAAAAUUAUGUUCUCGACCAAAACAUGAAUUAGCGGGAAAAUUAUUGGAGAAAGUUGCAAGAAUCUCAGGUCGAUCAAAAAUUCUCAAUAAGGUGUCUGUUCUGAUGGAAUAUGAUGGUCUUCAUGAUUUAGUUGAUAAUGAAAGAGCUAAAAAGCGAUCUUGUAUGAAUCUUAAAGGUGCAAAGGAUGAAUUUAAUGACUCCUUAGCAUAUAAAAGGUUUCCAUCCAUCAUUCUCGGUAGUUCUCCGCAGGUUGAAUUGUAUGAUGAGACUGCAUGUUGCUCUGAAUUGAGUAGGGUUUUAGCUACCCAAAAUUGUGAAGGAUUUCUUCCUAAUUCCAUUGGGGCCGAGCUGGAUCAAGAGAGUUCUAGUGAAACAUGGCCUUCUAUGUCUCCUGCGCUUCUGAGUGUAACACCUUCCUCACUAAAAGAAGAUUCUUAUGAGACUUUAUCUUCUCAGCCUGUUGCUUUAGAAACUAUAGAAAAAUCAAAUUCUUCAGUCACUGUAAAGGAAUCUUCUAUCAAAGUGGGUCCUGAAUCACCACUAAAUGCUGCCCCCAUUGAGUUAUUUCUUGACAGAUCUAUCAAUUGCAUACCUGGAUUAAGUAAGAGGCACUGUCGUCAGCUGGAAAAUUGUGGUUUUCACACGUUGCGGAAAUUGCUACAUCAUUUUCCUCGAACUUAUGCUGAUUUACAGAAUGCGCAGACUGCAAUUGAUGACGGACAGUACCUGAUUUGCAUUGGGAAAAUCUUAUCUUCAAGGGGAAUCAGAGCUAGUUAUACUUUUUCAUUUCUUGAGGUGGUUGUGGGCUGUGAGAUUGCAGAAAAUCAAUCAACUUCUGAGCAUACAGUCGAUGAUAUUGAUAGUAAGGGAAAGAAGAAAAUUUAUUUGCAUCUGAAGAAAUUUUUUCGUGGUACUCGUUUUACAUUUCAACCUUUUCUUAAAAGUCUUGAACAGAAGCAUAAAGAGGGAGAGAUUGUUUGUGUUAGUGGUAAGGUGAGGACUAUGCGUACUAGGGAUCACUUUGAAAUGAGAGAGUACAAUAUUGAUGUGCUCGAAGAUCAAGAAGAUUCAUCUUUUCGUGCAGAAGGGAGGCCAUAUCCCAUAUACCCUUCAAAAGGAGGCUUAAAUCCAAACUUUCUUAGAGACUUAAUUGCAAGAGCCUUACAGGCCUUGCCUGUUAAUAUUGAUCCUAUACCAAAAGAUGUGACUCAGGACUUCGGACUGUUAAGUCUUCAUGAUGCAUAUAUUGGGAUUCACCAGCCGAAGAAUAUAAAUGAGGCUGAUUUGGCACGCAAAAGGCUUAUAUUUGAUGAGUUCUUUUACCUGCAGCUGGGACGCUUGUACCAAAUGCUUGAAGGUCUUGGUACAAAAAUAGAGAAAGAUGGGUUGCUCGACAGGUAUAGAAAACCUGAAUUAAACGCUAUUUAUAUGGAAGAAUGGUCCAGUCUCACCAAGAAGUUUUUGAAGGCUCUUCCGUAUUCCCUUACUUCUAGUCAGCUAAGCGCUGUUUCAGAAAUUAUUUGGGAUCUAAAGCGGCAAAUCCCUAUGAACCGGCUGUUGCAGGGUGAUGUUGGAUGUGGGAAAACUGUGGUAGCUUUCUUGGCAUGUAUGGAGGUUAUUGGCUCUGGAUAUCAGGCAGCUUUCAUGGUUCCGACUGAGUUGCUUGCUAUCCAGCAUUAUCAGCACUUGCUUAAUUUGCUAGAGAAUAUGGAAGAGGUUGUGCGCAAACCUUCAGUUGCUUUACUCACUGGUUCUACCCCAUCAAAACAAUCGCGGAUCAUUCGUGAGGGUCUUCAAACUGGAAAUAUCUCAUUGGUUAUUGGGACCCACAGUCUAAUAGCUGAAAAUGUGGAGUUCUUUGCUUUACGUAUCGCAGUGGUGGACGAGCAACAUCGCUUUGGUGUGAUACAAAGAGGAAGGUUUAACAGUAAGUUAUAUUAUACCUCUUUAAGUUCAAGAAUGGAAGCGGGUACGGAUGGGUCCUCAAAAGGUGAUGUACAUAUGGCACCUCAUGUUCUUGGCAUGUCAGCCACUCCUAUCCCAAGAACACUUGCUCUGGCUUUAUAUGGGGAUAUGUCCCUUACCCAAAUAACUGACUUACCUCCUGGAAGAAUACCAGUUGAAACGUUCAUUAUUGAAGGAAAUGGUGAUGGCUUUGAGAAUGUCUACAAGAUGAUGCUGGAUGAGUUAGAAAUAGGAGGGAAAGUGUAUCUUGUGUAUCCAGUUAUUGAACAAUCCGAACAGCUGCCCCAGCUUCGUGCUGCUUCUUCAGAUCUUGAAGGUAUAUCUCGUAGGUUUCAGGGAUACAGCUGUGGGUUGUUACAUGGAAAAAUGAAGAGUGAUGAGAAAGAAGAAGCAUUGAAGCGGUUUAGAUCUGGAGAAACACAUAUACUACUUUCCACACAAGUAAUCGAGAUUGGUGUUGAUGUUCCAGAUGCUUCUAUGAUGGUUGUUAUGAAUGCUGAGAGGUUUGGAAUAGCUCAGCUUCACCAACUUAGAGGACGAGUUGGACGUGGACAGAGGAAAUCUAAGUGUUUAUUAUUGGCAUCUACUGCCAGUAGCCUAAACCGAUUGAAGGUGCUAGAGAAAUCAUCAGAUGGUUUUUACUUGGCAAAUGUGGACCUCCUUUUACGUGGACCUGGUGACUUGCUUGGUAAAAAACAGUCAGGUCACCUUCCAGAGUUUCCUAUUGCGCGAUUGGAAAUGGAUGGGAAUAUUUUGCAAGAAGCACAUCUUGCUGCACUGAAAAUUUUAGGUGCUUCUCAUGAUUUGGAGCAAUUCAUGGCACUCAAAUCAGAGCUUAGUAUGAGACAGCCCCUUUGUCUUCUGGGUGAUUGACUUGUAAAAAUCUUGAAAUUUGUCUGUCCCAUGCUCAACAUGUGUCAGGGUAUGUUGGUCUUAAGAUUAUCAUUGCUUUUGUAGACGUAUUUUUUAUCAUAUGGUUUUGUGGUUGCUGUUUCCGUGUAAAGCAUUAGUGGUAGUGCUAGUCCUGACUCCACCUGUGCCGUACUAAUUUAUUUGAUUAUUUUUUUUUUUGAUUUUUAAAACAAUCUGGACUGAU